AUGCAGAGCUUCACCUUUGCGCCGCCGACGCUGGCGCCGCGCGAGAACCAGCGCAACUACGUCUUUGUAGACGAGCAUAACAGACACAAGCGUCUAAAAGUCAUGAGAGCAUGUGAGGGCUGCCGCAGACGCAAGAUCAAGUGUGAUGCAGCCACGACCAACGCAUGGCCUUGCGCCGCCUGCAUCCGCCUGAAGCUCAAUUGCGUGCCACCCACCGUCAGUUAUGACAAGGACUUCAACGGCUCACAGACAUUCGAGCUGGAGCCCAAGCCCUUGGACUAUGCCCCGGACGCGCCGUCCCAUCAUGACUACCAGCGUCAUCCGUCCAUGCCACAGGUCAUGACCCACCAGAUGACGCCUUCCCUCCCGACUCCCGUCUCUGCCAUGUAUCAGCCCUCGCCCUACGGUGACCAGCAGCCGCAGGAGGGCAUUCACUAUCAGUCCAUGUCGCAGCCCCAAGCCCCACAGCAGAACAUGAGUUACGCCCCGCAACAGGCAUACUCACAGGCUGCAGCCCCGCCACCCGCAAUGACCAUGACCCCUCCAGAAUCCGAACCCAAUUGGCGUAGCGAGUCCGUGUCGAGUCUUUCAGACGCCUUGGGUGAACUCAAGAUUGACCACACGGCAGUUGCACCGUACAUCACUAACAUGAAAAAGACGUUGGCUGAGACGCCAGCACAGGAGGAAUACGAGGUGCAACUGCCGCCGUCCGUCAGUCUGGAUCAGACCGUUCGCAUCCCUCCCGAGAUGAUGCCUUCGGAAGAGCAAGCACUGCAUUACUUUGAAUACUUCUUUGCCAACAUUCAUCCCUAUUGCCCAGUAAUCAACAAGGCCUACUUCUACCAACAAUGGCAAAAUGCGCGCGACUCAAUCUCACCACUCAUGCUAGAAGCUAUUUUCGCCUGCUCGACAUUGAUGCUAGGCGAUCUUGACGAGGGCAACAAGUGGCUAGCUCUUGCGACUAAGCAUGAAGAGAGCUUCAAGGACGUGUCACGCCUGAGUACGAUGCAAGCCAUGGUACUCCUCUUGAAGGCUCGCGAGGCCUCGCCAAAGCGAGGAUAUUUCUGGCGCUCUUGGAUGGCCACUGUCGGUCUUGUUGCCAUGGCUAAAGAUUUGGAACUACACGAGCAUUAUGACACUCAUCAAAUGGGCAGAUCGUGCGGAUCAACGGCUCAUGAUUGCGUUGCUAAGACUAGAGUAUGGCAAAUGUGUUUGAUAUUCGAGGCUAUGAUUGGAGGCCCUCAAGGACGUUACGAUUUCGGCGUCGAACCCGACACCGUAGAUUAUGAUAUGCCGAGGCCGAUUGCCGGACAGGACCCUGCCGAAUUUCAGAUCGCUCGCCAGUUCAUCCAGUACACCCGUGUAGCAAAGAACGUCUACCAGACGGCGCUCAUAUUUGGAAGAUUGAGGAAGAAGACCACUGAUUGGGCAUUAGAUCCAGCUUUUGUGGGCCACAACGCGGACUUCUCCCUGUGGUUACGGGAGGUUCCUGAAGACAUGCAGAUUGUGUAUCCACAAAAUGGCUCUGCGCCAUGGAUCCCCUCGCACCAAAUCGCCAACAUGCACAGCUAUCAUUUCCUAUCCAUCGUCAUGCACUUUCGACCUCAAUUACACGCCGUCUCGGACUCGUAUGACGGUAUUUGGAAGCAACACAUGAUUACCUGCUAUUCAGCAGCAAAAAGUCUUUGCAAGCUUCAAGAGGCCAUUAUGAAGACAUAUGGCAUGCCGGGCUUGUUGUGUAUGAUGAGAGGGAUCAGCUUUCACAUUUAUGCUGUGUUGACUUGCACUAUGCUUCACUUGGUUGCGAUUACCUGUCCGGACCCUGAGAUCAAUUGCGACGCCAGCGAGUUCUUUGUCCGACACAUGCGCAUUCUAGAAACAUGUGCUCCUUCGUUUCCUAUGCCGGAGAUGCAACAGCAAGUGAACAGCCUUCGUCAAGCAUUCUCUGCCGAUAUUUCGAAGCCCUUUGAACUGAAGCCAACUUUCCCCUUUGGAAGCCCUCAGGUGGCUCCACAAUCCAGUCCUCUAAGCAAUCAAGGUUCAUACCGGCCUCGCCAUACGAGCCAUCCUUCGCCAUUGGAACAACCAGGUCAGGUCAACUACCAUGCACUUCCCAUCACCCCACCAAUAUCGACAUCCGACCACGAUUCGAAGGCUGACUCUCCCGUAGCUCAGUCUCUGGUCAUGAUGGCAUCUGGUCAACGUGCGCCUCAACCGACAUCCGGUAUACAAGUGCCAGAGAGCGUGCAAUGGAAUCCUCAGCGCAUUUUCGAGCAGUGGAAUGUUGCCUUUGGUACGCCUCCCCCCAGCGCGUCUUCACAGUCGUCCCCGCCGCUAAGACCCCCUCCUUCAGGCAACAACUCGUACGAUAUGCGGGCUCCACAGGACACUACACAAUCACAUUACCAAUUGCCAAAUGUAUCGCCUCAGUCAAGCAACAUCCAUGGGACUCCAGGCCAACUCCCUUCUUCUUCUUCUUCUACCUAUUCUGGAGCCAAUCCUUCCUACGUUACGCCCACAAUGUGGCAAGAAGUUGUUGCUAGCUCCUUCCCCGACAGUUUGAAACGCAGAUGGGAUCACGGAAAUCCUUCCAUGCCAGAUCAGUCAAUGUACAAACGUGCACGCUAA